AUAACAACACACCACACGGUUUUGAACAAUGGGAGAUUUAGAGGAUUUUUUGGAAAAGUGGCCAGCACAUGCCCUUGGAAGAGUGUUCGCAAAGUCGAAUGCGUGUGUUAUCAAUAAUAAAUUAGUUUCGCUGACAGAAGUUGAAACAAAAAUCCCUAAUAUUGUUCCAAAACCAAAAUUCCUUGAUACACUCGAAAAGAAAAUAUGCAGUGGUUUAAAAAAUAUACAGUCAGAUGACAGGGACCUUAGGUUUCAGAUUUACAAAGAAGCAUUUCAAUCAUUCAUCCAUGAGUUCAAGACAUACAGAACGUUUCUUUCCGUCAUCAACAAAGAAUAUGAAGAAUACCUAAACUUUUAUAAGGCUGAGGCACAAAAGCUUAGACCAGUCAAGGAAUAUCUCUGGACAAUUUCUCAAGAGUGCGAUGAACGUAUAUUAAAAAUACAAAAGCGAGAAAGACCAGAACUCAAUAGUUUGAAACGAGAAAUCAUAAGACUGAGAGAAUUGGUUUCACAAUUAAAGGAGGAUAAGGUUGGUCUAGAAACUCAGGUAGAACAAUUAACUCAGUCAAUUAAAGAAGAACACGACAAAUUUAGAUAUGAAGCUGAUGCAAAACGGCUAUUAAUAUCAGAAAUUAAUGCAAUGAGAAUGCAGUUUGAUGAAAGUGAAGGGGUAUCUAAGCAACUACAAAGUAAAACUAACCGACAAGAUGAUCCAGUCUUGUUGAAAAUCGCACUAGAACAAGCAAGAAAAGCUCAGUCAGCUUCUGAAUUUGAAGUGGUUCAACUAAAAGCCGAAUACGUGAAUGUUAUGCCUAAAAGUCGGUAUGAUGCCUUAUGGGAAGAAAAUAACAAAAUAAAAAACGAUUAUGACAUGAAGAUUAAAGAAAAUGAACAAUUAAAUGAAUCUUUGGAACUUCUAAAAAAUCAAUUAAAUGAAGUUAUGAAACAACGUGAUCAAUCAGAAACAACAGUUCAACAGUUACAAAGAGUAUCAACACCGAGACCGGAAUGGAAUGAAGUUGGACGCAAAUUACCUGGAGGUUUAACUCGAUGGUUGGAAGAAACUGCGUCAAUGUCAUCUCAAGAGAAAAUGCAUUUCCUUGUCAAUCAGCUGACAGCACGAAAUUCUGAAAAUAUCAAAUUCAAUUUAAAUGCAUACAUAAAGGAAGAACUGAAUUUUGUCCCAUCAUUUUUACAAACGUCCGAAGCUGGUGUUAUAAUAUCCAGACCAAUACAACUUCGAGAUUGUUUAUUAUUGACACAUGAACUUUGGAAAACUAGGAAGAAUGAAAAAGAUUCAGUGAAGGAACAUUCUUUAGGACAACGAAGACGAUCACUUGCAUCGAGACGACUUUCACAGAUGAAAAUUCAAUCAAAAUUACCAACAAUUAUUCAAAAUGUAUCAAAAACAUUUGAUGAAUUUCUAUGUAAUUACUUUAAACAAAUUUAUGGCAUUGAACAAAUACGUAUUGAAUGGGUAUAUGGUUUUUAUGAAAUAUUAAUCAAAGAAAAUAAUAAUUAUAAACUUAAUGAAUUAAGAAUGAUUAUUGAAAAUAAGAUGGAUGAAGAAUGUCAUUGGCACUUGGAAUCAUGGAUACUAUUUAUUAAAGAACAAAUACUAACGUUUAUUGAUAGCAGUAAUAAUAGUUCAGUUAUAAUGCCGACUACUGAAAACUCUGAAAAACAAAAAGUAAUCUUAAAACAAACUUUACAUGAAGCGCUAUUAAAUAUAUUCAGUCAGCAAGAUUUAAACAACUUAAAUAUCAUAAUUGAAUCAGCUGAAGAGUAUGCAGGUUUACAAAUAAAAGACUCAUCUCCAAAAUCGUUAACAAAUAUGGAUGGAGGCGAAAGCAAAGAUAAUGACAAUAUACAGACUAAUUUACAGAAUAUGCUUGAUUUUAAUAAAUUAUUCGAUGAUAUACAUGAUGAAGACUUCAAUCCAUUCUUAAAAGAAUUAAUUUUAAUAUAUAAACACUUAAAAGCAACAUUUGUCAAUGGAAUUGUCACCGAACUUCAGAAAUUAAACAGAUCAGAUGGAGUACAAUCCAGCAACGUAACAUUAGUUCAAGUAAAGCAUGCAAUCGAAUGCAUAGCUCCAUCCACUGCUGUCACAUUGAAUGUAAGACCGAAAAGUGGGAAACCUAUCACAACACAACAGCAACAGUACACACUAUCGAUUGAUAUCGAAUCAAGUCUAGAAUGGUUGUUCAAAAUUAAUCCAAAUGAUUCACCAUUACAAUCUAUACCUUUGAAUCAGUUAACAACACGUCUUGAAGGAUGCAAUCUGUUUUUUAGAAACUAGUAUAGAAACUUAUAAUUUCUUGUUUUGUUCAUUUUUCUUUUAACAAACUACAUUUUUAGAGAAAAAAGAGUUAUCUCAGUAAUUCCAAGUAAAUAGAUGUUGAAAUCUUAUAA